AUGACGGUUAUACCAGUCGAGGGCGCCAGCCCAGGACAUCACCAGCGCAUGUUUGCCUUCCCUGGAUCUUCUGGGGUGACGGAGAUUGUGAUCUCUGGCGGCUGUGUUUUCCUGAUUGAUGCAUCUUGUCCGCUCGCUCGUUGCCUUAAUGCUGGCUGGUCAUCCAUGCUUGGAUGCAUUCGGUUUGCAGUUUUGGCACCGGCGCCUUACGUCGACCCGGGAAACGAUACACCGCUGGAGGAGAUGGCCCCUGCAGCGAGUAUCAUGCCUAAUGUUUUCGCUCGUUUUGACAAUCACCACUAG